AAUGGUUCGAUACAAAAACAGAUAUAUAACGAUUGAAAUAAAACCAAGAACAAAUGAAAAAAAACCACUUGUUUUAAAAGCAUCAGCAUUAUAUGAUGCUGUACAAAAAAAAGUUAAAGAAAUGUUUGGUGAUUUUGGAAUUGCUGCAAUAAGAUCAGGUUUUAAUGCAAAAUAUUGUAAUAAUUAUACAAAAAUUGCAAUGAUUAGAUGUCGACAUGGACCACAUGAAUUUGUUUUAUCAUCAAUACCAAAAAUAAAUGAUGUUGGUGAACGUAAUGUUACAAUAAAUAUACUUCAUGUUGGUGCAACAAUGAAGCACUGUUUUACAUAUAUAAAAAAAUAUCAAGAAAAAAAACUUGAAUUAAUUUGGAGUGAUUUAAAAAAUGAUAAUGAAAAGAAACAAAUGAUUGAUAUCAUGAUGACAAUGACACCAUCAAUGAAAGAACUUACAUAAUUUUGCCAAAAAAAAAAAAUUGAAAAUUAAAUUCAUAAAA